AAUGCACGCGAUCCACAACAACAAAACAAAAAAAACAAAGGAUCAUCACAAUUUUUGAAGAGCAUCGAGGACAGACAGAAGAAAGGUCAAGACCAUAUAAGGCUGGACAAACGGCUUCUCUAUCAGAACCUAUAUCCUUUCUGUCACAAAGUAAAGUGUAUUCUUGUUUGGUAAAGGAUUUCGUACAUUACAGAUCUCUAAUUGAAAAUAGGACAAGAUUUACAAAAAGACGGUGUCAUUUGGUGAGCAUUAUCACAGUGCAACAUUUUAAAGCAAGGGCGUAUAGUAAGGAAUUCCGUCGCGAUGCUCAUGGACAGUGGCUUGCUUAUACCUAUAAUAUUUUUUUUGCUAAAUGAAGCAAACGUUGUUAUUGGGUACGAGAGGGCAAGUUUAAUUAAAGAUUUGAUGAAAAACUACAAUGCUGAUGUAAGGCCUUUUAACAAUGGUUCUAAUCCCGUCAAAGUUUGGUUUUCAAUGACUUACAAACAACUGCAAAAUUUAAAUGAACCAACUCAAGUCGCUAUAUCCUUAGUUUGGGCACGUGCGUAUUGGACAGAUGUUAAUUUGAAGUGGAAUGCGAGCAAGUAUGGAUACAAGCACGUUGAAAUCAGCUCAUCCAAAAUAUGGACACCUGACUUGACACUAUAUAAUAAUGCCAAUAAGAAAGGAGGAAAGAUGCUCGACCUAAGCUAUAAAGCCAGGGUAAAAUCUAAUGGUAACGUCAAAUUAUUAUGUCCUCUUAUUUUGGAAUCAGUAUGUCCUAUGAACGUUCAUAAGUUCCCAUACGAUACUCAAAAAUGUCAAUUGAAAAUUGGCUCCUGGGCAUACGAUAGCUCUGGUAUCGAUUUACGAUUAGAGCCGUCCACAGAAGGUAUCAUUAUGAGCCACCUGGAGAAAAAUUCCGUUUGGAAUAUUAAGUUAGACCAAGUUAGUACUGGUUUCAUUAACUAUACCUGCUGCGAAUUUCCAUUCCACAACAUAAUUUAUACUUUUGAAUUUCAAAGAAAACCAAGAUAUUACCGAAACUUAAUAAUCUCACCAACAUUAGUGCUAAUAUUUAAUGUUAUCGUGUUUUGCUUUCCUACCAACUUUAACCAGAGGAUAUUCAUUGGGGUCACAGCCUUAACAGGCCAGUUCUUAUUUUUGAUCGUUGUGAGCAAGAGAACGCCAGCGACAUCCGACAGUAUUCCUUUGAUUACCGAAUUCAUCAUCUACGCCCAAAUCUACACAAUACUUCAAUUAUUGUCAACUGCCUUUAUAAUGCAUCUAAACAACUACCAGGAAAAUGAAAAUGUGCCAGAAUUUUGUAGGUUAAUACGAGACGUAAUUGUAAAUUAUGGAACUUGAUUCCAUGUUGCAAAAAGAAGGAUAAUUAUUCACAAUGUGAAAAUCAGAUGGCAAAUAAAGAAGAACGGCGUUAUAAAAUUAAAGUUCUUAAUAGAUUUUUCCUAGUAUUCUUUAUAGUAAUCUUCGUCGUGUAUUUUUUUGGUUUAAUUCUUGUAAUUCAAUUUUCGUAAUACAACUGGCUGCAAAUAAUGAUUUUUACAUGCACAAUUAAAUUUAUUGUCCAUGAAUUAAUCGUUAUACAAUAUAUUGUUGUAGCUUAACUGUAACGUGAAUCGGUAGGAAAAAUUCUUCAAUAAUUUUUAACAUGCUCACAAAGAAUAAUAAAUGACCAAUUAGAAUUGUUA